AGUGCUGUUGCAGCCUGUAACGUUUUCUUCCCACUAGUUUGCAAACGGCUGCCUCGGUCUGCCUACCACACUCCAAAUUCGCAUGGACCACUUGUUUUCUGGGCAUUUAACGACUUUAUCAACUUGGAAACCACCAUGGAAGUGGCAAAGCAUGGUCCUAUCGAUCUUCGAGAUAUUAAUGGAUCCACUAUGCUGCAUCAUGCGGUGAAUAUAUUCCACCAGUUACACAAAGGGGACAGAAACGGGCGUCUGUGGGUCAGUUUGAUUGUCCUCACCUUACUGAAUCGUGGCAUCAAGCUGGGGCUCCGUGAUUCUUGGGGUCGGACUGCUCGCGAUCUGGCUAAUGGCGCGUCUGAUCAGAUCGGAGACGAGUCGGGAGGCUGCCAGGUCAAGGUCACAUACAGAGAACCAGCUGAAGAGCCUCCAAAUAUGAAUGCACUGCAUGAAAUCAUUGACCGUGACACGCAGGAACCUCUAUCUCUUGUGGAAAUCAUCGAUCGACACGUUGUUCGGCUAUGCCGCUUCAACCAACUGCACCUGAUUGAAGAGCUCAUCAUUCAAGGUUAUGAACCUAUUCAAAACGCCCUUUUGAGAUUUCCGCAUCCACGCACCUCUCUGCAACUGGCUAAACUGCAUCAACACGUCGAGCUGGCGAAACUGUUGAGUAGAGCACCAAAGUACCAAGAAGCCAUGAACGCUCUGCAGGAAGCCGUUGUAGCUGGAGACGAAUUACAGUUUGCCAGUUUAGUGAAUGAGUGGUGUCUACUGUGGUGUAGCUCGGGUGCGCUGUUUGGUUGUUGGUCUGUUCGCCGAGCUUGGCAGUUGGACUGCAAAUGUUUCAUCACCAAUCGAGGUGACAUCGUCAGUGCAGGGUUGAGCGUGGAUUGGCGUGGACGGUCUCUUUUGCACCUUGCUGUGAUUCACCGUCAAAACAAGCUAGCGCUGCAGUUGAUAGACAUGUGCCCCUCACUGGCAAACAACCAAGACUGUUUGGGUCGUACUCCAAUGCAUUAUGCCAUCUGCCUCGGUGACGGUCGUGAACUGUUCCUCAAGCUCGUUGCGCGAAUGGGUGGUGUGGACAAAACGAUUAAGGAC